AUGGGAAAGCUGAAUUGUGCUGACAUUCGCCUGGACAUUAUUAUUGCAUCCAAAAAUCAGCAAGUUGGCGUUAAAAGGCGGCCAAUCAACCGAGAAGAUUUUCCAAAUGCGUUCCGGUUGAUUGACUUUCCUCCUGCCCACUUGGUGGCUUAUUUCGUCACGGUCAUGCAAGCGUCGGAAGAAGCCGGAAAUCGCGAAGCCUCAUUUGCGUCCUCCAAAAGGACAGACUUUUGCGAAGCACUCUUCCACGCUUCACUUGCUUGUAUUAGCGUCAGUCAAGCGUAUCUCCGUCGACUGUCUGGACUCGGUGAGUAA